UCAUGGGUAAGACGUACCUCUGCACACUUUUUGCAGCGCCACUAAAUACGUUCUAGCAGGUACAUAUUUCUACAGUUUUACGACACGAAAGUCCACUGGGGGCGCUAAAGAGAAGACCUCUGUGUGACACAUCGAUGACGGUCGACUCCACAUACAACACGAUUGAGCGUCAGAGAGAUGCCGGGAAACACACAGAAAUUGUGCCCCGGGUGCAACACCCUGAUAAGUGUUGCAUUCAAGACAUGCCCACUUUGCAAACAACUCCAGCCGUACAAAACAAAAGUUGCAAAAAAGAGAUGCAACUUUCAAAAUAAGAAGGCUGAAUGGAAGAAGUCAAUCGAGAAAAACAACAACAGGACAGUUGUACUUAAUAGCUGCCAUGUAAUGCUUGACAAACUUGCUGCCCUUGAUUUCUUCCCCAUACUACUUUUGGGAAAGAAAUUAAAGGGAAAGUUGGUGGCCGAUGCCAUCCUUGGAGGGGAUUACGUUUUGGAUCCCGAUUUGUUUCAGAGGGUUAAAUUGAUGUAUGAAGCAGUGCUAAAGAUUCAUUGUCAAAGACAGAAGAAGGCCACAAGUAGCACAGAAACUACUGACCCUCCAGAAGCUACUUCCACCAGCCCUCCAGAAGCUACUGCCACCAGCCCUCCAGAAGCUACUGCCAUCAGCCCUCCAGAAGCUACUGCCAUCAGCCCUCCAGAAGCUACUGCCACCAGCCCUCCAGAAGCUACUGCCACCAGCCCUCCAGAAGCUGCUGCCACCUACCCCCCAGAAGCUGCUGCCACCAGCCCCCCAGAAGCUGCUGCCACCAGCCCCCCAGAAGCCGCUGCCACCAACCCCCCAGAAGCCGCUCCCACCAGCCCCCCAGAAGCUGCUGCCCCCAUUCCCCCAGAAGCUGCUGCCACCAGCCCCCCAGAAGCCGCUCCCACCUGCCCCCCAGAAGCUGCUGCCACCAACCCCCCAGAAGCCGCUACCACCAGCCCCCCAGAAAAGUAA